AUGCCGUUGCCCAUUCUAGUUUCUCCCAUUUCUUCUUUCUCAGCCAUAUUUCUAUCCACCGUCACCGCGCGCUCUUCACUCCCUCCAAAAUGCACCGUUCCCCCUUCCCCUUUCUCGAUUCUCUCUCGCAGAGAGAUAGCUCUGCUAUCCUUCCUCGCGCUCUCUCCACCUGCCUCCGCCAUUGACAUUGGCAUCUCAGGACCGAAAAAUUGGCUGAAAGAGCAAAAACGGAAGGCCUCCAAGUUCCUAUUGGCCCCCGUCGAUGCCUCCCGCCAAAUCCUUCGCUCUGCCUAUCUCACGCUCACGAACACUGACGCUACAUAUACGGAUGAGGAUUUAGAGAAGAUUCAGCAGCUAUUUAUAUCUGCUGCUAGGGAUUGCGUACCGCAGGACCGAAAUUCUUUCGUCACUUUCCAAGCCAAGAGCGGAGUAGAGGUGUGCACAUUUCGAUUGAUUGUGAAGAAUGCAGCUUCGUUGCUCGGAAAUAAGGAUCCUGUAAAGUUGAAAGCCGAAGCUUUGCUAGAUAAUCUAACAAGAUCUUUCACUAUUAUCAGAGGGCUGGCAAGCGAAACCAACAUUCAACUUGCAUCGGAUAGAAAAAAGAUAGCUGAUGCUGUAUCAGAUACCAUGUCCGAUCUUGACAAAUUCGAACAGGGAAUCAUGGAUUGCCUUGAAAGUUGA